GGAGCCGGGCUGAGCCGCCGCCGCCGCCGUCGUCGCCGAGCGCGCCGCAGCCGCGGGCCGCGGAGGUUAAGCCCGUCCACAGUGAUGGCCACAGCCUUACCCAGGACCCUGGGGGAGCUGCAGCUGUACAGAAUAUUGCAGAAAGCCAACCUGCUUUCUUAUUUCGAUGCCUUUAUCCAACAAGGUGGCGAUGAUGUCCAGCAACUUUGUGAAGCUGGAGAAGAGGAAUUUUUGGAAAUCAUGGCACUCGUGGGCAUGGCGAGCAAGCCCCUUCACGUUAGAAGGCUGCAGAAGGCUUUGAGAGACUGGGUGACGAACCCUGGCCUUUUCAACCAGCCACUGACUUCCCUUCCCGUCAGCAGCAUACCCAUCUAUAAAUUACCAGAGGGAUCCCCAACGUGGCUGGGGAUAUCCUGUAAUAGUUACGAGAGGAAUAGUGGUCCGAGGGAACCGCAUUUAAAAAUCCCCAAGUGUGCCGCCACCACGUGCGUGCAGAGCUUGGGUCAGAGCAAGUCAGAGGUGGGAGGGUUAGCGCUGCAGAGCGUCAGCGAGUCCAGACUCUGGCAAGGACACCACGCCACGGAGAGUGAGCACAGCCUGUCCCCAGCGGACCUGGGCUCCCCGGCCUCCCCGAAGGAAAGCAGCGAGGCCCUGGAUGCGGCCGCUGCGCUCUCUGUGGCUGAGUGUGUGGAGCGGAUGGCCUCCACGCUGCCCAAAAGUGACUUGAACGAGGUGAAGGAGCUGCUCAAGAACAAUAAGAAGUUGGCCAAAAUGAUUGGUCACAUCUUUGAGAUGAGUGACGACGAUCCACACAAAGAGGAGGAGAUUCGGAAGUACAGCGCCAUCUAUGGCCGGUUUGACUCCAAGAGAAAGGACGGUAAACACCUCACAUUGCAUGAGCUGACCGUUAACGAAGCGGCCGCCCAGCUCUGUGUGAAGGACAAUGCCCUGCUGACGAGGAGAGAUGAGCUGUUUGCCCUGGCCAGGCAGGUCUCUCGAGAAGUCACCUACAAGUACACUUACAGGACCACCAGGUUAAAAUGUGGUGAAAGAGAUGAAUUGUCUCCAAAGAGAAUUAAAGUGGAGGACGGCUUUCCAGACUUCCAGGAGUCGGUGCACACGCUCUUCCAGCAGGCCAGAGCCAAGAGCGAGGAGCUUGCAGCACUCAAUUCCCAGCAGGCUGAGAAGGGGAUGGCGAAGCAGAUGGAGCUGCUGUGUGCCCAGGCCAGCUACGAGAGGCUGCAGCAGGAGAGGAGGCUGACAGCUGGGCUCUACAGGCAGAGCUCCGGAGAGCACAGCCCGGACGGCCUGCCUUCCGAUGGCUCUGACGGACAAGGAGAACGACCUUUGAAUCUCCGAAUGCCUGAUGUACAGAACAGACAGCCCCAUCAUUUUGUGGUCGAUGGGGAGCUGAGCAGACUUUACCCCAGUGAGGCCAAGUCCCACUCAUCAGAGAGCCUUGGGAUCUUAAAAGACUACCCUCACUCUGCUUUUACCUUGGAAAAGAAAGUUAUUAAAACAGAGCCUGAAGACUCAAGAUAGCUGAGAUUCUCCCACCGUUCUCUGGAAAUGGCACCAGAUUCAAGGAUAAUGCUCCAUCAUAGAAUAAGCCUUAAUAACCAGUGUUGCCUCAUUCAGCUCAAACAGAUCAUAGCCAAAGCGUAAGAACUCACACAGUCGUCUGUGGAAACCGGGACAAAGCCGCAGCCCCAGAGGAGGGAAUCAAGAGAGCGUUGCAAUGUAACAAACACUGACCAUUCCCUUCCUGUGUACGGUGUUCAUGUGGAAAGGCUCAAUAUUGUAGGCAUUCACUAUUUAAGAAUGUACAAUGUGUCUGUGUAAUUUAUAGAAGCAAAUCUAGGUGUUGAGACCUUCUGGUCUAAUAGAUGUGGAUACCAUUCUUUUUACUUGAAAUUUUGUUGUCUACUUUAAGUGUAUUUACGGUAAAUGUUACUCAUCAACAUUUAGGACUUUUGCAGUCAUAAAAAGAAAGAUUAAGCGAUGUAGUUAUUAGCACUGUGGCAGCGACUGGAGAAAGAUGGAGGACAAAUAUGCAGUUUACACCAAGGAAAAGACGAUGUACUUAUUACUUGAUUAAAAUUGAUUUUGGUUACUAGGAAAUGUGUAGCCUUCACUAAAUAAUGCCACUUUCAUUGGUUUAAUCAAUGCACAAAUUAAAAAUUGGACUAAUAGUUCUAAGAUGAGGUAGGCUACAUUCAUGACAGCUGCUCAAGAUGUAAGAAAGUGGGACAGAAGCCUUGACACAAAUGGGCUAAUGUGUAAAAGCCUUGACUUAAGCAUUGAUGUUUCAGAGUAUGUUAAGUAAAUUAAGGCACAGUAAGUUAACCCUAAAUGUGAUAAAGAUGAUGAUGACAUGGGUGAAUUGACAUGGAGUGUGUGUUGUUUCUAGUUCUGCUUUAGACCUCGGCUGUAAUAAAUAUUAGUUCCUAAUCUGUUCUGCUGAACUCUAUUGACCAAAGGUUAGAUGAGAUGUCCACACCAGAGUCUCUAAUCACUGUCACAUGGUCACCUCUCAUUCUGACCUGUAGAAGAGUGUUAAAGUAGAAACACCAGUAAACAACUUUUACACCAUCAAAAGGCUUUCUCCCCUUCCUACAGGUUUCUGUUGGAACACGGCAUUUUUGCCUGUUAAGAAGUAUCUUAGGGACCUUGACCCCUGUUGCUACCUUGGUGUUGACUAUUGUGGUUUCACAGUGUGCUGUGAAGUAGAGCUAGGUGAUACCAUUUAAAUAGAACAUUCCGUUUAUAAUAUUAGCCACAGCACUGGUCAGUAUCCGGUACUUUCAUGGACCAUUUCCUGUAUUCUGUAAUCUAUUUUGAGAAAUUUUUGUGGUCCUUUUUUUAAAAAAUUGUGUCUUACAGUUCAGGUUUGUAGAUUUUAACAUGCAAGUUUUAAAAGAUGCGGUGAUCUUCCAGCUGGUGUUUGUCUGUCUUUCCUGGACCUAGAACCUGCAUCUUUAAAUCUAGAAGUUAGUUUCCUUAAGUAACCAACUUUUCUGACUUCCAAGCUUAGAGAUAAAGAAGCACAAAAAAAUUUCAGUAGAAUACAGUUUUUAUUUUGUAAACACUAAUGUAUUAAACUUGCUAUACAUUAAAGCAAAUAAUAUAUAUUUUUAUUUGAAUGGUAUAUAUAAAUUAGAUGUUAUAACUAGUGAAUUUUUUUUUCAUUUUGUUUAAGAUAUUUUCACUGAAAAGGGUCAAUUGGUUACCUCAGUAUUACAGCCAAUAUCAUCCAAGGGACCAUGUCUCCCCAGGUGUGUGUUAUCUAUCCUUUGUUGUGUGAAUUCUGUUAAGAUGAUGAGUGCACUUGCUUCCUGUGGCAAUAAAGAAUUUCUGUGCCUCAUGGACCGAUGCUGAGAGUC